AUGGCGGAGUUUGUAGCGAUUCCAACGGUUAUAAACGCCACUAUCAAUUCCAUCAAUAUCGUCAAAACCUGGAUCAUUGAACUCUUAGCAUUAGUAAGAGAAGUCCAGCAGGCAGGGGAGACGUUGCAACGAAUGGAAACCGAGUGCACGGCAUUUCGAGUCGACUUCGAAUUGUGGGCAAAGAUGUGGGAGAUAGACCAGGACGUCUCCGGCAGAUAUCUAUCCAUGCUGUGGGGCCCUCAAAUGAUCCAAAAGCUGGAUAGGAUCCAAAACCAGAUGGCCACAGUGAAAAAGCUGUCCAAAACGGCAUUUCAGGUCGUUCAUCAAGUACAGCUCCAAGAUGAUAUCAUUCUCAGACGGGUACUGGAAGAGCCACAAGCGAAGCUUUUGUUUACGUCCGUGUAUGAAUCCAGACUGGUGUCCAAUGCACUAUACCAAUCUUGCUUUAGAGCAAAGGAGGAAUUUGGACGGAGCGAUCUCAAACUUGAAAUCGACGUUUUCCGACGAAGUCGUGACCUCGAAUCUCCAGCCAAGACAGAUACGCUUCAAUUGCGUUACCAAUUUCUUUUAGCUUUGAAUUGUUCAUUGUAUGAGCUCUUAGUUGAAGGCCCUUUCUCUUUAGACGUAGUCGCGCAGUCCGACUUCUACCAAGCCUGCCUAGCAACAAUGAAUCAGAGCCAGGAGUUUCUGAGAAUCUCGGAAGAAACUGACCAAAAUGAUCUCAGGCGGUUCAGCGCGCGUGCGCCUCCGAUGCCUUGUCGCAUUGCGAAGCGAGUGAUCUCUCGAAGCCUCUGUGAGGAUGAAGGACCAUACAAAUCACUAGUAUCACUCUUGUAUGACCUCGAUGUGUUAAUAGAGAGUGAGCCUAUUGAUAGAUUUCCUCGCUCGGAGAGAUUUAGGUUUGCCUUCAAGAUUGCAGAAUACGGACUAUUUCUCUCCGGUACCUCCUGGUUUGUUGAUUUGCGGUCUUCAAAUAUAAGAUCCGCCCGGGAUUCCGAAUACAAUCGUCACUUUCUAUUGAAAACAAAAGCGUUCGAAGUAGGGUUCAACGACAGUCACUUUGAGCAGUUCGCUACGCACGCAUAUACUAUUGGAAUCUUGCUCGCCGAAAUAGGAAUCGGUCAACACAUAGGGAAUAUCUUACGGCACUCCAAUAUUAUGGGGUAUAUAUUCCGCUUGUAUCAAGCUGGAAUCAACCUGUCAUCAAGUUCUUCUGAUGUACCUGAGCCCGUGGUGCUGAGAAAACUCCGCAUUAACAUGGGUGAUAAAUACACGCAGGUCGUGAAGACUUGUUUAGAGAGCAAAGAAAGUUGGAGACAAGCUAAGGGACACCCAGAGUCGGAGCGAUUGAAAGUCUACCGAAAAAUAUUGGCAGAAUACCAUUCUGAAGUAUAUUCCCCGUAA